GAGAAAAGAAACUUCAAUUACAAUAUAAGAAACGCUCUCCCCAACUUUUCGUUUCAUUUUAUUUUUUGGUUCCCUUAUUCUCUCCGUGUUUGAUUUUCUUUGUGUAUAAAUCUUUAAUUGAGACCCAAAUUCUUAAUUCACUGUUUUUUUAAAAUUUCUAAAGUCUUAAACUUUCUUUUAAGUGAAAAAGAACAACAAACUCAAAAGUCCUUUUCUUUUUCCUCAAUACUACGCCUGUUCAGCCAAAAAAAAGCACAAAAGUUAUUACUUUCAGCUUCCUAAAUUUCAGGGUUUUUGUUAAUUGUCAAACAUAUAUUUUCUUUUUUUUUAAUCAUUGAUUACAGUUGUGAGCUCUUUCCAUUUGACUGCUCUAUUCUUGAUUCUUGAUUGAAGCUUUUCUACAUCAAGAAACUUACUCUCUUGAUUGUCAUUGUUCUUCAUUUGAACUCACAAACUGAAACCAAACCGAAAAAUAAAUUCAGGGUAUUGGGUUUCUUUACAUUCAUCUUAGCUGAACAACCAAGAAAUCAACAACCAAAUCGAGAUGCUUUCUUGAUUAAUAGUUUUCAUCUGAAAUCGCAAACUGAAGGUUGAAAGGAAAAAACGAAAAGAAAAUUUCAGGAUUUUGGGUUUUGCUUUGGAUCAACUUAUCUUAAAACCCAGAAAUCAAGAACCAAACUUCUGGAGACUUUUAAUGGAAGGGAAGAGCUCGGUGAGGUUUACUUUAGGAAAGCAAUCAUCUUUAGCACCAGAAAGGAGUAGGGAAGAAGAUGUGAGUAAUGAUCAGGAAGAAGGAUCAGAAGAUAUGAGUAAUGAUCCGGAAGAAGAGUUGGAGGAUAUCCAUCCAGGUGUGAGGCUAAUGUACUCUUGUCAUGAGGGUGAUUUGGAUGGGAUUCGUGAGCUAUUGGAUUCGGGGAUUGAUGUUAAUUUUCGUGAUAUUGAUAAUCGUACUGCUCUUCAUCUUGCUGCUUGUCAGGGUUACACUGAUGUUGUUGCUUUGUUGCUUAAUAAUGGGGCUGAGACUGACCCUAAAGAUCGGUGGGGUAGCACGCCUCUUGCAGAUGCUAUAUACUAUAAGAACCAUGAUGUCAUCAAACUUUUGGAGAAGCGUGGUGCAAAGCCUCUGAUGGCUCCCAUGCAUGUUAAUCAUGCUCGUGAAGUUCCAGAAUAUGAAAUUAAUCCUCAUGAGCUUGAUUUUACCAAUAGUGUGGAAAUAACAAAGGGAACCUUUCAUUUAGCCUCAUGGCGUGGGAUUCAAGUUGCUGUUAAAAAACUUGGAGAGGACGUGAUUUCUGAUGAGGAUAAAGUGAGAGCAUUCAGUGAUGAGCUUGCGUUGCUUCAGAAGAUACGUCAUCCAAAUGUGGUCCAAUUUCUGGGUGCUGUUACUCAAAGUAGUCCUAUGAUGAUUGUGACAGAAUAUCUACACAAGGGAGAUCUUCGUGCAUUCUUGAAAAAAAAAGGAGCAUUAAGACCAGGAACAGCCGUCAGAUUUGGACUUGACAUUGCGAGGGGAUUGAAUUACUUGCAUGAGAAUAAACCACCAAUAAUACACCGUGAUCUUGAGCCUUCAAAUAUAUUGCGGGAUGAUUCUGGACAUCUCAAAGUUGCAGAUUUUGGAGUUAGUAAGUUGCUAACAGUUAAAGAAGACAAGCCUCUAACUUGUCAAGAUACUUCUUGUCGAUAUGUGGCCCCAGAGGUUUUCAAACAUGAAGAAUAUGAUACCAAAGUGGACGUCUUUUCGUUUGCUUUAAUUUUACAGGAGAUGAUUGAAGGCUGCCCACCAUUUUCAGCAAAGCAAGAUCUUGAAGUUCCAAAAUCAUAUGCUGCAAAAGAGCGUCCACCAUUUAGGGCUCCAACCAAGCAUUACCCUCAUGGGCUUAAAGACUUGAUUCAGGAGUGCUGGAAUGAGAAUCCAGCUAAGCGUCCAACUUUCAGGCAAAUAAUCACAAAACUGGAGUCAAUUUACAAUAGCAUUGGUCAUAAGAGGCGCUGGAAGGUUAGACCCCUGAAAUGCUUUCAGAAUUUCGAGGCUAUGUUGAAGAAGGAUCUCAGUCUGAGUGGAAGUAGUCGUUCUUCACACUCCAGCCAUGUAUAAGAAACUAAGGAUUUCAUUUCUAGUUAAAUUUUUAAAAAGCUUUCAGAGUGGUAGUGAAACAGGAUUAUUUCCUUCUAUUUGGUUUAGAGCAUAGGUUUCUUCUACCUGUGAUGGAGCUUGAAUUCUUGCAAGUAUGUUAAAAGUUCUCCCCAUUAAAUCUGCGGGCUGAGAAAUCAAUGUUUCAAAAGUAACAAUGGUUUAGCUGUUCAUGUACAUUAUGUGUGUAAUAACAGUCUUUUUUUUUUAUAUUA